UCCUCCUCCCCUCCCCUCCCCUGCACAUUCUAUGUCCCGGGUGGCCGCAGCAGUUCCUCGGGGCCCAGUGUCCUUGUGCGGAAAUGACACACGGUCCCGUCACGUCACGCGAGAGCGGAGCGCGCGGACCCUCUCGCACACAGAUACACGCGCGCACACUCGCGCCACACACACACACACACACAAAGCGCCAAGGGGGUGGGAAAGCUGGGGGAAGCCAGACACGGCCGUUCUUUUUUUUUUUUUUUAAUAUAUAUAUAUAUUUAUUUAUUUUUUUAAAAAAAACACCCACAAACCCACCCGAGACCAAGAGUCCCCACCCUCCUUUUUUCCACAGUGCCUAAGACGGAGCCAGAGGAACAGAAUAUGGAUUCAGCUGAAUUAUUUGAUGAUGAAGAUAAUACUGAUGGUAUUAAAAAUAAUAUGAAAGGAGAAACUGAUAAAGAAGAUGAGGUGCUAGACUGCUCUGUGAUUUCAAGACCUGAAAAAAAUUCACUGGAUGGUUUAAUAACUUGCCUACAAGACAUCAACAAGCGAAAACGAACCUCAUUUGGUUUGGAUGGUUCAGGAAACCACAAAGAAAUCCUGGCAAGUGUGAAAAAAAGAGGCAUUGCACAAGAGGAUCAGACCUCAAACUUGAAAUGCAGAGAUGGAUUACAUACUCAGGAAGAUGUUGAACAGCCAAGCAAGAGCAAAAAUUCCAGUUUAACAUGGAUUUGUGAAGAAACUUUGAAUAACACAGUUAUGCCUUCAUAUAAGAAACCUCUUUAUGGGAUCUCUCACAAAAUUACAGAGAAGAAGACCUUGCCAGGAACAGAACAGUUUACCACCUUUGAGUUAUUUGAAAAGAUUAAUCCUAGCAGUCCCUCCAAUCUUAGGACUUUGAGUGAGCAGCGGAAAAGAGAAACAAGCAAUAUUACUGCCGAAUCUGAUUCAAAUAUCUAUUCUUUAAUACAAAAAAUGUUUUAUACACUGAAUACAUUAAAUUCUAACAUGACUCAACUGCAUAGCAAAGUAGAUCUGCUGUCACUAGAAGUCAGUAGAAUUAAGAAACAUGUCAGCCCAAUAGAUGCUGUUGCAGAAUUCAAGCCCCCUCCUGAGUAUCAACUGACUGCCUCAGAACUCAAACAAAUUAUGGAUCAAAGUACAUCAGGUGGUGAUCUGGCUUGCCGAUUACUUGUACAACUUUUUCCAGAACUCUUUAGUGAGGAUGAAUUAAGUAAGGCCUGCACCACAUGUGGUUAUCUUAACAAAAAGAAACUUGAAUCACUUCAUCUGCAGCUCAUCCGAAAUUAUGUGGAAGUCUGUUAUCCAUCUGUGAAAAAUCCUGCUGUUUGGCAAGCAGAAUGUUUGCCUCAGGUCAAUGACUUUUUCAAUAGUUUUUGGGCUCAGAGAGAUAUGGAAAAUAGUCAACCAGAUGUACAGUCCUCCAGUUUUUAUGAGUCUGAUCAUAUUAAUGAUAAUGAUGAUGAUGAAAUUCUACCUAUUGAUAGAAAUACUUCUGUUGCCUCAGAAUGGGUAUUUGAUGCUCAGGAUAUAAAUGAAUUUUUAGAUGAAGCAUCAUCUCCUGGAGAAUUUUGUGUGUUUUUGCUACACAGAUUGUUUCCAGAACUCUUUGAUCAUAGAAAAUUGGCUGAAAGAUACAGCUGUUACGGAGAGUGUGGAAAACAAGAACUUGAUCCACAGCGACUUCAAGUAAUCCGCAGAUAUACAGAGAUAUACUUUCCUGCUAUGCAGGAGAGAAAGGCUUGGUUACAGCAUUGUGUUCAGCGAAUAAAUGAUGAACUUGAAAGCAUGUAUAUGGAUGACAGUGAGAAUGAACAGAUAAGAGAUGAUUGCUACGAUUCUUCAAGUUUGCCUGAUGAUGUGUCAGUUAUAAAAGUAGAAGAUAAUUUUGAAUAUGAAAGACCGGGUAGAAGAUCAAAAAAGAUUUGGCUUGUUCCCAUAGACUUUGAUAAACUUGAUAUUCCUUCCCCUGAUUUUGAUGUUCCUGUCUCAGAUUAUCUGUUAAGUAAGGAGCAGCUUAAGAAUAUAUAUGAAAGUAGCUUGUCUAUAGGUAAUUUUGCUUCUCGAUUGCUAGUUCACUUAUUUCCUGAAUUGUUUACUCCUGAAAACUUAAGGAAACAAUACAAUUGUAGUGGCUCACUAGGCAAAAAACAACUUGAUCCUAUUAGAAUUAAAUUGAUUCGACACUACGUGCAAAUGCUGUAUCCAAGAGCUAAGAAUGAUAGAGUAUGGACACUGGAAUUUGUUGGGAAACUGGAUGAAAGAUGUCGUCGGAGAGAUACUGAACAGAGACGCACAUACCAGUUGCAGCGAAAAGUCCAUAUACCGGGACCUGAGAGGAGAGAAUUCCUGACCUAUGCAAUAAAUCCAGAACGAUUUAAAGAGGAAUUUGAAGGGCCACCAUUGCCUCCCGAAAGAAGCAACAAAGACUUUUGCAAGAUACCACUUGAGGAACUUAUUGUUCCUCCACCAGACUUUUCUGUGCCUUCUCUAUAUUUGCUGUCUGAUAAAGAGGUAAGAGAGAUAGUACAACAAAGUCUUUCAGUUGGUAACUUUGCUGCCAGACUCUUAGUAAGACUUUUUCCAGAGCUUUUUACUUCAGAUAACCUCAGACUGCAAUACAACCAUUCAGGGGCUUGUAACAAGAAGCAGCUUGAUCCUGUCAGACUGAGACUCAUCCGCCAUUAUGUUGAAGCUGUUUAUCCUGUUGAAAAGAUGGAUGAAGUUUGGCAUUAUGAAUGUAUACCAAGCAUUGAUGAAAGAUGCAGACGUCCAAAUAGAAAAAAAUGUGACAUAUUGAAAAAAGCCAAGAAAGCAAAAAAGUGAUAUUUUAAGUUUCCAAAGAUGGUGACUUCAGUUAUUUUGAAGUAGCUUGAGAGGUCAAUUGGUUUAGCACUAGGACAACUGAUCAAUACAUUUUUUCUUUCAUAUGUGUUUACACAUGCAGGAAUAGGUAAGAAGUUGGAAGUUAUAAUCCAGUGAGAGUCUCUUUUAAAAGCCCUACUGAAACAAAUGCAUAUGGCGGAAAAAUAUAUUUUAUAACUCCAUUUUAGUAUGCCUUUAUGUAGCUUAGAUUUCUUGCUGUUUUUUUUCAGUUACCACCUAACUAAACUGGAUCACAAGGAACCACAAAUUAUUAAGAGUUGCUCUAAUAAUAUAUCAUCUAAAUAUAAUAUUCAUCAGUGGAAAUAAUUAGAUAAUGUUAUUUUUUAAUUAAUUUUAAAUAGUAAUUAACUUCUUUAAGACAGUUCUCAAUAGGGACCUUUAUCAUUUGGAAAUUAAUCAAUUUUUAAAUAUUUCAAAUCUCCAAUUUUAAAAUGUUAUACCUCUUUAAAAAAGAAUGGAAAAUCACAACAAUUUCUAUGUUUAUGGAUACUCCUUAUAUCAAGUUUGAAUAUUAGGAAAGGAAAAAUUUCAAAAUCAAGUUAUUACUUUUUUAAAAUAAUUUUUCAUUUUGUAGUUGAUUUGGUGUAAAAAUUAAAAUUAUAAUCAUGGGGUUAUUUAAUGAAUGUUUAUGUUAAGAUUGUAGUAUUGAUUUCAUUUUUUAUUCAUAUAAAUUAUUGUUUUCUGUAUAAUCUUGAUAAAAGAACUACUGGUAUGCGUGGAGAUUGUGAAAUAUAGAAUCUUACUCUGUAUCAGUAAAAGUGGUGCUAUUACCUGUUAUACUCACUACUUCAAAAAAAUACUUGAAUUGAGGAAUGUGCAAAACACUUAAGUCCAUAUUAUUUUUAUCAGUUAAAUUACUGCAGCUUUUAAACUGUUGAAAAUAUUAAAUAUACUAUCUAUAUUUUUAUUUGAAUUAUAUACUAAGCUCUAUCGUAUGUUGAUUAGUAUCUUCAAAUACAGUGACACCCAAAUAAUUUCAUUAUAACAAUGAUUAUAAUUUUUUUCUUUAAUCAUUGUUUAGUUGAUCAAAAACAUUGAUUAUAUAGUUCCACUAAAUAUAUGUUCACUAAAAAUAUUUUUGUUUUUUUUCCUGAAGAGUAUUACAUUGUGUCACAAUGUGUUACAUUGUGUUUUUUCUUUUACUGCAAGUCAUGAAAUUAACAGAAUAAAAUCAUAUUCCCAGAUUGACAUUUCCUUGUAUGUGCUGAGUUGGAUUAGAUCCAAGCAAAGGUAACAGUACUUCAGUCCCACUGAAAUCAGUCAUGACUAGCAAGUUCCAGUAACUUGUUCCAUGGAUUUUUACAAGACUUCCAGAUUGAAUCCACUGAUUUUUUUCCCCCUCAAAUGCCCAUAAAUUGGUUUAGAAAAAGAAACUGAUCCUUGCUUGUGGAUUUGCUGUUCCCCUGAAUCCUAUAAAUUGCAUAUAUGAUGAUCAGUGUGUACACUUGAAUGCUCUAGUAGAAUGCUUGUUCAAUGCUAAGGAUGAAGUCAUUUAUUUCUAGUAUUACAUAUUUCUAGUAUGACAGACUUGUUCCACUUGCAAAUUAUGUACUGUAUUUUUUGGAAUAUAAGAUGCCCUUUCUCCUCCCACCCCAAGGUGGUAAAAAUUUAGGUGCGUCUUCUACACCGAAUGUAGCCCCGCCCACCCAGACCCCCACCCUUUGGCCUCUGCCUCACAGCAGUUACCUCCUUGCAAGCAAACAGCAAGAAAAAACAGCUCCACAAGUUGAUUGGAUCGCCUCCUAACUCUCAGCUGAUUUGCUCUCAGCUGUUUUGCGCAGGGCUCUGCUGCUUGCUGCAAAGAGGUAAAUUGCUGCAGCAGAUUUUUUUUUCCUUGUGCCAAUCAAGCUAUGCUGAAAACGAAAAUGAAAGUAAAGCAGGCUGUUUGCUGCAACGAGGCGAAUUGCUGACGCAGAGGGAGAUUUUUUUUUCUUCUUUUCCUCACCAAAAAAGGUUAGGUGCAUCUUAUACCCUGGUGCGUCUUAUACUUCGAAAAAUACAGUAGAUAACAUAUAUGCAAACAUAUAUAUAGGCCUCUUGGAGCUUUGUCUGUGUCCUCAGGGUCACCUGAGUAGUGCAAAUGAGUGUGGAGCUUUCUUGGAACUGCUGAAAGGACUGCCCCUCUGUUGAGAGAGGGCUAUUCAGUUUUGACAUGGAUGGCCUCUUUGACCCCUCUUUAAGAGCCCUCUCUCAACAGAAGGAGAAGGAUACAUCAUCAGUCUACAACACAGUUCUUUCAGCAGUUCCAAGAAGGUUCCACAUCACAGGUGUAAUACUUGUCGCGUCACACCAUCACGUUUUGCGAAGUUUUUCCCAUUCGCACAGCUGAGGUGGGCAUGGCCUGUGUGUGACGCAUCAGCCCGUGGGCCGCCAAUUUGACACCCCUGCUCCACACCCAUUUGCGCUACUCAAGUGACCCUGAGGACACAGAUAAAGCUCCAAGUGGCCUCAACUACUCUCUAAAAGAAUGCAGAAUGUGGCAGAACCUUCAGGACCUGUAGUUUUCUAAAUUUCAAACAGCAGCUUUCUGCAAGGAAUAUAAAUCCUUCCAUUUCCCACCAUCCAGUCAGAGCUGAAGAAGCUUCUUGGAUGAGAAAUGAAACGUCUUCAAAGAAAAACAAGAAAGUCCAGUUGCCUCUUGAAAAAGCAUCUUUGGGAUUUCAGUCUGAAAACAGAAAGAUGCUUUAGAGCACACAGGAACACAAGCCAGAGCACAUGCCUGCAACUCCCUAAACCACAAUUAUUUUUUCCUAGGAUCAUGCAACAGGCUAGGACAGCUGUGUGCCAUUCCAGUAAAAGGCAUCAUUGCUUGAAGCAUUUGCAGGCAGAGCUACUUGAAGCUGCGCACUCUGAAGCACCGUUUUGCCUUCUAAUUGAAACUGCUGCACAACCCUGUUUGUUGUGGCAGUGAGGUGUUGAUACAAUUACUGUUUGUGACACAUUUCUAUUUAUCCAUUUUUAUAACAUAUGUUACUUGGAUCUUAAUAUGUACCACGUCACUUUAGAAAAAUGUUUUUGUUUUUUCUGUUCUGAAAAUAAUGGAUUUUUACUGAAUUAAAAAUAAAGGGGUAAAUGGAAUUGUGAGGAAAGAAAUGGAUUGAUUAGAACAUUUGCUUUCCUAAUUUUCUAUCAAAUUUCUCCACUUUUAAGUCUUAUGUGUUGGCUUUAAAAUUCACACUGGCUUCAAGUAAAACAGGUGAUAAUCUUCACAAAUACCAUGAUGCUAAUCUGCAUCAUCUACUUCUGUUUCUCAGCUGCCUUAUGAAGGUUUCUUCUGUACUGUACUGGACCCUGAGAAUCCUAGCUCAGUUUGAUGUGGCAGUACCACGCUACUUUUUCCUGGUCUCAGGGCCAGGGGUGAUUUCAGCUUUUUCCCUCAAAUAGCUUUCCUAACAUGCUAUAUUUGUUAGCUGAAUGUACCACUCUUAGAGAGUAAAGAAGAAAAUAUUUUCUGAUUUAUAAUAAGUCAAUAAAUGUUAAUCUGAACUAAAACGUAUACAUUUAUAUAGAGGCAUUAAUGUUAUAUCCCUCAAUUUAGAAAUAGCAUUUGUUGCUCAUCCGAACAUGACAAAAUCACGUAUCAGGUUUUCGGUUCUACUGAACUAUGAAAGAGCCGAAAAGCUGUGGCAGAACCUUCAGGAUGCAUAUUGUUUUCUGAAUUUCAAACAAAGCAUCACUUCUAUAUUGUGUACUUCUAUACUUAAUUUUAUUUUCCUGCUGGGGUUGUUUCCAAUCUUCCUGUAAUUCCUUCCCUUCCACAUAUUACUGCAAUAAAAUAAAAAUAAAUGUG